AUGUCUGGCUUCACAAGAGCGCGCCCCGGCCUGCUCCGCCGGCUGGCCCUGCCCGUCGGUCUUGCCACCGCCGGUGGAGGGCUGCUCUUUUACGUAUACCGGCCCCGCAACAUCCCCGGCCACGGCGCCGCCGCCGUGCCCCCGCCCAUCUACGGCGCAGACGGCACCUUCAAGCUGCCCAAAUUCCCCCGCGUCAAGUCCCGCCUCGAGCAGAUAGCAGACCUCAAGAAGAGCGCCAGCCCCGCCGCCGACAACUCGGACGAGUACGACAUGCUCGUCAUCGGCGGCGGCGCCACCGGGACCGGCGUCGCCGUCGACGCUGCCACCCGCGGCCUCAGGGUCGCCGUCGUCGAGCGCGACGACUUCAGCUCCGGCACCAGCAGCAAGAGCACCAAGCUGGUCCACGGCGGCGUUCGCUACCUGGAGAAGGCCGUCUGGAACCUCGACUACAACCAGUACCAGCUGGUCAGGGAGGCCCUCAAGGAGCGCAAGUACUUCCUCCAGACCGCGCCCCACCUCAGCUCCUGGCUGCCCAUCAUGCUGCCCCUCGACAAGUGGUGGAAGGCCCCCUACUACUGGGCCGGCACCAAGUUCUACGACUUCCUGGCCGGCAGCGAGGGCAUCGAGAGCUCCUACUUCCUCACCAAGAGCAAGGCCAUCGAGGCCUUCCCCAUGCUCAAGAGGACCGACCUGGUCGGCGCCCUGGUCUACUACGACGGCGCCCACAACGACUCCCGCAUGAACGUGUCCAUCGCCAUGACCGCCGCCCUCUACGGUGCCACCGUUGUUAACCACGUCGAGGUCACCGGCCUGGACAAGGACGCCAACGGCAGGCUCUCGGGCGCGAGGCUGAGGGACCUGGUCCCCGAGAGGGACGGCAAGGCCGCCGACGAGUUCCACGUCAAGGCAAAGUGCAUCAUCAACUGCACCGGGCCCUUCGCCGACGGCAUCCGGAAGCUCGACGAGCAGGACUGCAAGGAGAUCGUCGCCCCGGCCUCGGGCGUCCACGUCAUCCUGCCCGGGUACUACAGCCCCGCCAAGAUGGGCCUGAUCGACCCGUCCACCUCGGACGGCCGUGUCAUCUUCUUCCUGCCCUGGCAGGGCAACACCAUCGCCGGCACCACCGACAAGCCGGCCAAGGUCACCAAGGACCCCAUGCCCGACGAGGAGUCCAUCCAGUGGAUCCUCAAGGAGGUCAGCAACUACCUCUCGCCCGACAUCGUCGUGCGCCGCGGUGACGUCCUGGCUGCCUGGUCCGGCCUGCGCCCGCUCGUCAAGGACCCCAAGGCCAAGAACACCGAGUCCCUCGUGCGCAACCACCUGAUCGACAUCUCCGAGUCCGGCCUCGUCACAUGCGCCGGCGGCAAGUGGACCACCUAUCGGCAGAUGGCUGAGGAGUGCGUCGACGCGGCCGUCAGUGAGUUCGGCCUGCAGACCCGGCCCGUCCCCAACGCCCCCCGCGUGAGCGGCACCGAUGCCAUUGACGACGGCGCGAUCCUGGACGGCUCAUGCCAGUCCCACAGGGUCAGGCUGAUUGGCGCCCACGGCUGGAGCCGCACGCUUUUCAUCAACCUGAUCCAACACUACGGCGUCGAGACCGAGGUUGCGAAGCACCUCUGCGAGAACUAUGGUGAUCGCGCCUGGGUGGUUGCCGCCCUGUGCCGGCCCACGGACAAGCGCUUCCCUGCGCGGGGCGAGCGCGUCUCUCAGCUGUACCCCUUUGUGGACGGCGAGAUCCGGUAUGCCGUCCGCCACGAGUACGCCCAGACCGCCGUUGAUGUCCUGGCCCGGAGGACGAGGCUGGCGUUCCUCAACGCUCAGGCAGCCCUCGAGUGUCUGCCCCAGGUGAUUGACAUCAUGGCCUCGGAGCUGUCAUGGGACAAGAGGCGGCAGGAAGUCGAAUGGAAAGACACUGUUGCCUUCCUGGAAUCGAUGGGACUGCCCAAGCCCAUGUUGAGCGCGACGCGGAGCCAGGUCGAGCAAGGAAAGCUCGACUUCCGCACGGGGCUGGAGUACAAGAUGUACUCGAGGCACGACAAGCCCGCAGACGAGGAAUAG